UGGAAAUGGAAUCCCGUGUUGGGAUUUGUUGUGGCCGGGGUGAGGGCCCGAUUUUGGGAUGGGUUUGUGGAUGGAUGGAUGGAGGAGGUGAGUACUACUUCCCUCCUUGCGUUGUUCUCCUCCGCUGAGCUGCAUUGGUGCGUUCCCGAUCAGAGCUAGAAUUUCUUGUCUAGUUCUUUUUUCCACUCCCUGUUUGGUAAUUGGUGCGCCAUCAACUGAUUUUACUUCUCCUCCUCCGUCGCUGUUGCACGAUAACUUUUACAUUUCAUGGAAAAUUGUAGAGUAUUUUUGAUGGUUUUGAUUAAAGCAAGUAGCUGGCAAGCCAUCAUCUGUGGAUCAUUUUUAUCCUUAAAUUCCCAUCAAUUCAUUUAUGAUAUGAUGCAUCGCAUCAGGACGCAUCGCAUCAAGUAUGACGUAGGCUGAUGUUUCAGCUUGAUAAAAAAAACUGGUCAACAAUGGAGUCUGUACCUCACCUUGAUUCAGCCAAAGUGGCCAGGUAGGAGUAGAUGCCAAGGAAUUUUUUCCCCCUUCCUGUGUGAUAAUUGGUGAUCUGUGGUCUGCUAGCCUACGUCAGCAACAGCUUUGCUUGCAAAUGGUGAACUCAUUGGGAUGGUGGGAUUGGUGUGGUUAAUAAAGUUUUUGUCUAUGAUCACACAGCUUAUUCUGGAUUGCCUGAUGCUGAGUCGCUGACACUGAAUUCAGGGUUCACAGAUCAGUACAUCUUAGUGGAACAGUUGCACAGCAUGGAGUAGUUACGAUGGUGAAUGAACGAUACACAAUGAGGCUGCGAAAGCGAAUACAACAUGAGGAAAGGAAAUGUGCAAACCAAAGAAGGCUUCUCUCUGAUGCAGAGACUGUCAGGUGGUUGAAUUAUGCUGUUGAGAAGAUCUGGCCGGUUUGCAUGGAACGGGUUGCAUCUGAGCAGUUCCUUUUGCCCAUAUUCCCAUGGUUCCUGGAAAAGUUCAAACCAUGGACAGCGAGGAAAGCAGUGAUCCAAGACCUUUACUUGGGCAGGAACCCACCAAUGUUUACAGAUAUUAGGGUUGUCAGGCAAUCAACUGAUGAUGACCAUCUGGUUUUAGAGAUAGGAAUGAACUUCCUAUCUGCAGAUGAUAUGAAUGCAACAAUGGCUGUGCAACUUAGGAAGAGAUUAGGAUUUGGCAUCACAGCAAACAUGCAUAUAACUGGGAUGCAUGUUGAAGGGAAGGUCCUAGUUGGGGUGCGAUUUCUCCGACAGUGGCCAUAUAUUGGUCGCGUAAGAGUGUGCUUUGUUGAGCCUCCAUACUUCCAGAUGACAGUCAAACCAUUAUUUGGUCAUGGGCUUGAUGUAACUGAACUUCCAGGAAUUUCUGGAUGGCUUGACAGGAUGUUGGAUGUCGCCUUUGGACAGACCCUUGUUGAGCCUAAUAUGCUAGUUAUUGACUUGGAAAAGUUUGCAUCGGAAUCAACAGAUAGCUGGUUUAGUGUUGAUGAGAAGCCACCUAUUGCACAUGCCAAGGUAGAGAUCUUGGAAGGUGCUGAUAUGAAACCCUCUGAUCCAAAUGGAUUAGCUGAUCCAUACGUGAAAGGCCAUCUUGGACCCUAUCGUUUCCAGACAAAGAUCCACAAGAAAACACUCAAUCCAAAAUGGAUGGAGGAGUUCAAAAUACCAGUAACCUCAUGGGCAGCUCUCAAUCUUCUCUCUCUUCAAGUUCGAGAUAAGGAUCCCAUCUUUGACGACACACUCGGUGACUGUUCCAUAAGCAUCAACAAAUUGAGAGGUGGACAAAGGCACGACAUAUGGAUUGCUCUGAAGAAUAUAAAGACAGGGCGGAUUCAUAUAGCAGUAACAGUACUUGAAGAUGAAAAUGAAAAGGUUCCAAACGAUGACGAUGAGCAGUGUGGAACACCCAAGGGGGGUAAAGCAAGCACACCAAGGUCUAGCUUUUCGUCCAGGACCAACAAUGAAAGUGAAUCAUCAGAGGAGUUUCGAAAGAUAUCUGCUGAAUAUGAGCCAGUAGACAUUGAAGGACUGGAAAAGGUUGAUGUUUGGGUCCAUCGGCCAGGCAGUGAUGUCGCAGUCACUUGGGAGCCUCGGAAAGGACGUGCGAGGUGUCAGGAUUCCAGAAUCCUACGAGAGAAUGAUGUCUACUGUGACAGCCCUAAGUCGUGCCAAUCAGAAUCUCAGAGAAGUGACUCCAGUACUGAAGAACCAGCCAAUGGCAAAUCACGCCAUCAUCUCCACAAGGUCAAAAAGGGUUUGGGGAAACUAGCUGGUGCGAUGUUCAAGAGCCCAAAGAAAGAGAGUGAUGAUGAAGCCUCGCCAUGUGUGACGCCUCACCCAAAUAUAAAACCACUUGGAGAAAAAAGGGUGUCAGUAAGAUACGUCGUCGAUGAAGAUCCUUCUGAAAACUUGCCAGAUGACCAGCAUUCCAGUCCUGAGAGAGGCGAGUCGGAAAGUCCGACCAAGAGGCAUUUGAGGAAGAAGGCUGUGCACAUGGUGAAACAUGCGGGGAACAAAACAGCUCAUAAUCUGAAGAACAUGUUCAGCAGGAAAGGCAGUGACAAGAGCAAAGAAGGCCAAGAUGACCAGAAAGACGAUCCUGAUACUAUAGUAGUAGAACCUUCAAAAGUUAAGAAAGACAAUCCUGAUGCAAGUGAGGUAGACAUAGACCCUUCACAAGUUGAGAACGACAUCCCCGAUUCAACGGCAAUUGACCCUUUGAAGGUUGAUUCUAAUGUGGCCAACAACAUUGUGGUUGAUGCACUAGAGUAUGCAUCUGAAUCUGAUGCGAAGGACAAACCACAGUGAAAUGUGUUCUGCUAUUUUUGGCGGUCCUCGUGCUGUUGGGACUGUUCAUGUAGGCAGGAUACUAGGUAGCAAAAUAGUCUGAUAGCCUCCUGACAGCAAGCGAAGGUUGACAGUAUAGUCCGUUUGGUUGGUUGAGUCCUCCAUCUUACCUGACGACCGAUGUUUUUCUUGUAUUAUAGAUGCUCAAGGAACAAUACCUCUGUACAUGUCGUAUGCAGACUGUCUAAGCUGUUUGCUUCUUGGACAUGGAAAGCAGGUGGCCGGUUGGCUUUGGCAAGGUGUUGGAUAGGAGAGAACGGACAAGGAGAACCAAAAAAAAAAAAAAGAGAUUGAACCAAGCCUAUUAUGUGACCAUGCAAAAGUAGGGAACAUGCCCAUCCCCAUCCAUAUACUCCUUUGAUAAUACAAAAGUAGGAGUACUAGUUUUGUAUAGAAUAAUAGAAUUAGCCUACUUGCUUUAGAUGUAGUCUUUCAGCGUACAGUAUGUCAGUACUACAGUUACAUCCCUAAAGUUGCGUACUUUGGGAACAAUACAUCAAAAUACCAAAGUAUGGGACAUCCCUAAAGUUCUGUUUUUUUUUCAACAUUCCGUGUAUAAAAUGAACCAUCAAGUACAUAUGUUUACUUAAA